AUGACCACUUCCUCCCAGCUAAACCCUCUCAGUCUCGCGGACGUCAAAGCCGAUGCUUCCAGCUUCGGCGGCAACGCCCUUGAACCAGGAGCAUACAUGAUCAAGAGCGCUGCCUGGCCUCAUCUCAUGCUUGGCUUGCGUGACGGUGUAGAGAAAGAAGGCAAUCCAGUCGACACUAUUCUCGCUUUGCAUAGCAUAGGUCCUAAGUGGGACAUCGAGGCUAGGCCCGCAGGUUCGACCACUACGUUCACCAUCCGAAGCCAAGGAGGGCAUUUCCAGCAUGUUGAGAAGAUUUCCGAGAAUGCAGGCGUCGUUGUCAGUGCCACUGAAACGGUCUUUAAGAUAGUCCAGCCCCUCGAAGCGCAUCCCACUCUCUAUAGUAUUCAAGUAGGGGAUGGCGAGUUCGCAUUCCAGGCCGUUAGUGGUGCUGGUGCGGACCAGGUUGUGCUCCAACCUUUCAACGAGCGGGACACCCGCCAGUUAUGGGUUUUCGCCCGUGGACUGAUGGCCUGA